AUGCUAAUUAUAUCUUCAGAACAUUGCGAUCAGACAUUGGAUUGCCAUUUAUGUGGUGUUUGCUCUGCAAAAUUUUACAAUGUUGAGCGGUUCAUUGAACAUAAGAAAAAUUGUUCAAUUUCGAACAAACAGCACGAGUUGCAGAGUUCGGUAAUAACAUCAAAUCCUGAUGCAGAAUCAGUGCCAAUUGAUUUGUCGAAAAAGCAUGCUUCAAAUGAUCUCGAUAGAAAAAGUAUUCUAGACGACAAAUCAAAUUUGUUGUUUGAUCCUUUACAAACAAUACAAUCUCAUCAACAGCAAUUACUGGAGCUUUAUGCACAACUAGCAGCAAGCCAUAGUAGGCAUACAGAUUCGGAACAGAGUAGCGAUGAUGGCGGUAAUACUUCUUCAUAUGUCUUAUCACCUCCAUCCAGUAAUGGUAUCGUGGAGGAAAUUCAUCCUUGUGUUGCUGAACGAUGUCCACAGCAUUUCUCAUCCCGUGGUGCUUUACUAUGGCAUAUCCUACGAAGACAUCCCGAUGAAAAGUUAUUACAAUGCAAACAAUGCGGGGAACGCUUUGCUGAUCCUGAACAG